AUGGCUCCAGGACAACUCUCCCCUUUUCCCUCCUGUGCCUCUGGCCUCGGCUUCAUGACUACCCCGGACUGUCUCAAUGCUAGCUCCCUCCUCACGCCCACCGCCAGCAUCUGCACCAUCUCCUCGCUCACCCCAGGAGGAGACACCGAGGCCGCUUUAUCCCGCGCACGGGCGAAGACCAUGCAGACGAAGGAGAUUUUGAAGUCUCCCCAGCCCCACCGCUUCCACCUCGUGCUCAGCAGCGGGCGGCGGCGGACCCCAGAGAUACCUAGUUUGCCCUCGCGGCCGAGCGCGCAGUGGAGGGAUGGACUUGGCGUGCCGGUGUCUCCCGUAUAUAGCGACGGAGGUGGGAGCACGGAACUUCGACGUAGUCGGCCGGAUCUGUUCUCCCCAGCUGUGAGUCCACUGAUGCCACCCGCGGACAUAUACACGGAGGAUGCACGUUUCACACACUCACCCGGCACAGAGGACUACUUGGAUGAUGCAAUGCCGACAAGGUCUCAGGAAGAGCGGCGAGAAGAAGCAUGCGAGGUUGAAUAUCCCGCAUCCACAUACUCCGCUCGGUCUGCAAGCACUGCAUCUGCCUCGUUCACACUCGUCCAGGACCGGACGAGUAAACGGCUCUCCUCCGCUUCCGGCACCGUCUACAAGGACAUGUUUACACAUGACUACCAGAAGACCUCCCUCCUAGAUGAACGGCUGAGCGACACUCCUCUGUGCGACGGCAAUAUCUCCACAUGUCAUGUUGAUGCAGAAUCAGCAGAACUUGACACGUCCCCUCCCACACCUAUGAUUCUAUCGGAACAGCCGUUGGACGACAUCGUGGAGAUCCCCGAAUCGGAGACACAUCCUAGCGUAUACAGCGGCGGCGACGCGUCACAAGCUAAUAUCUCACACACUACCUCAGGCUCUUUAUACAGCAACAGCUCAGCUUAUACCGGCUACGACCGCGACGAUGUAUCCUGGCCCGGAAGAAUUUCAGUCGAAUUGGCUCGUUCGGACGAGGCUCUCAGUGAAGCUGCUGCGCCCACACCAGCACCUAUUCCCUCAUCCCCACCCAAACCAACCUCGGCGCGGGACAGGCGCAAGUUCGCCCUCCGGCGCCAGGCGAUCUACGCCGAGUACGGGUUCCAGAUUGCGCUGCCCGACUCGGGUUCGGACUCUUCCGUCAAGAUGCUCGCGAACAGCCCGCAGAAGAGCAGGACGGGCCGCCCGCAGAUGCGCGCCGCGUCCGCCUAUAUGUCCAACAGCGGCAGCGCACGCUCUGGGUUAUCCUCGUCGACUUCAAGCGAGUCGCGGCGGCGCACGGCGGCAGGCGCGGACGGGGACGAGGAUGAAAUGCAGCUGUUUGGCUCGGCGAACGACGUGGACAGACUCGGCCGGUUCUCGGUGCAGGAGGACAUCAUGGCGGCCACGCGGAACCCGCUGCUGGAGGAUCGCGCGGAGCUGAGGACGAGCACGCCCCAGCGGUCAGCGAAGGGAGGCUCUACUGGCCAGCGGACUGUGCUCGGAUACGGCUCUCUCGGUCCUGCGUCUCUCUCUGGUCUGGGCUUCGACUCUGGCAGCCCUGGUAGUUAUCUCGCGGCCCCUCGCGAUCUGGUUUGGCAUUCUGGCUCUAGCACUAGCUUUGGCUCUGGCGACGCGCGGCAGGACGACUCGGACUCCCCGUGGGCCCCACUGCGGAUCCGGAAGCGCAUGGUACCCGCGCACAGCGAGCUGAGCUGUAUCUCGGUGAGCGCGUCGGAGCGGAACGCGCGGUGGUCGGCGUGGGAGUUCGACCGGGGGCAUCACCCGAUAUUGCAGGACUUGCUGGACGAGGUGGACAGGGCGCUGGAGCAGUGGACGUGGCUCGCGCAGCUCCGCGCGUAUCGCUAUGUAUGA